AUGUCGGUGUUUUCAGCUUUGGGAUUCUGGACUGUCGAUCAUUUACGUUGUCGGUCUUCCGGUGUCGGUCUUCUCCUUGUUGGCGUUUUCAGCUUUCGCUCUUUUCAGAGCGACGUUAUUCGUAGAUACUUUAGGACGGACAGUCUGUGUAGUUUGACAUCUGAGGGAGAUACGAAACUAGUUAAGGACUACAGCGGCACCAGUAGCUACAUUGUUGAAGACAUCAGCGACAGUGAUGAUGAUGAUGACUUGGAUUAUCUCUUAACUGAAAGUGAAGAAGAAGUAGAAACAAACUCUGAAGAAUCAGCUAAUGAUUUGUUGCAAAAUAAUGGGACACAGCUUUUCUCUACAUCUGUAACUACAGAGUUAAAGUCCAACCCGCUUAGUUUAGGCAAGAAGUGUAGGACUGCAGAGCCCAAUGUUCCAGCCUAUGUUCAGCCUCCUAUGUACAAUGUUUGUCAUCAGAAGUACAUGGGAAAAAUCCAAGACUCUCGGGCAAAAGCUACAGAUGUUGCUGUGAGCAGACUGAACACUUUUUCUACACGAGCUUUAAGCAAUGGAGUCAAAAGAAAGCGAGAAGAAAGCAGCACAAACAAAGUACAGAGUCUAGAAGAAGUAACCCGAGUCAAAACAAAGGGAGACCUGAUAUUUGCAGAAAAGUGCAAAGAGCUUCGGGUCUUUAUCAGACCUCUGAUGGGGCUUCUCAAUGGACUGAAGACGGGGCGAUACGAGAAAGGUCUCAGUAGCUUCCAGCAGAGCGUUGCAAUGGACAGAAUUCAUAGGAUCGUGGGAGUUCUACAGAGGCCAGCGAUGGGGGAACGCUAUCUUAGAACAUUGCUUCAGAUUGAGAUGAUGUUGAAGUUGUGGUUUCCUAAAGUGUCCUUAAAGACAAAACUGUCACAAGAUACCAGCAUAGAGGACUUUGAGCACCAUAAAGCCAAGUGUCCACGGACUAGUGUCUUCCAUUCUGAGAGCCCUGAAGCAGUUGGUCUUAAUUUUGGGAAGCAUGCCAUUGCACGGUCACCCUCAGUGGUGGCCAGCGGCUCCCAGCUGACUGUAGGUGGUGCUGGACUAGAUAAUCCCCACUUUAAGACUAGUUCGGGUGCAGUUAAUAUGACAUGGAUGCAUAUCUCCCCCAUAUGUAACCCACCUCCUUUGGAACCUAACGUUUGUGUGAGCUCUGACACUCCGAAGACUAGAAUGGAGUCUGGCAGUACUGGCUAUGGUGUCGUCUUGCUUCUGGACAGUAGCUAUGCAGUACCUGUUUGCUGUGCACAUUGUUCAUCUACCCUCCCCGUCAGGACAGAUUCAGGAUGCUUUCAUGGCUGUUAUGUCUUACCAUCUUCAAGUAAAUACAACCAUCUGAGGUGCCAAAGUGCACCAGUUACCUUGCCAGAAGUCAACAGUGCUUGUGGAAUGCAAAGAACCCAUUCUGAAUCAUCCUUUUCUUCAUUGACAUCUAGCACAGAGCUCAAAAAAACUGGCCAGUCUGAACUAAAAACAUCUCUUUAUAUGUGCAGUAUUUAAUUGCCAGCUUUUGAAUGUGUAUGUAUGUGCGAGAAUAUAUGCAAGCACACACAUGCACAGAUUGUGUAUGCAUGUUUUUUUUACUUGAUGAAGUACUCUUGGGAUACCAUUUCGAAGCCAAACAGCAUUAGCACUUGCAUAACAACAGUAUGCAUUCUUUUUUGCAUCCCCUGCUGUGUCCAUCAAGAGGCUGUCCAUGAGAGUCUGCAUCUUUUGAUAUAGCAAGAUACUAUAAUAAAAAUGUGUUUUUGAUAUUGCUAUUCAGUUGCAAUUCAUUUUGCAGAAUGAGUUCAGUUUUGUUUAAUGCACACUCUUCACUGGCUUCUUCCAGAUAUGAAUUUCACAGUAUACUAGGAAAUCUUCCUGUCUUUAUUCAAUAUUCACUGCUUUGAUGUUUCUGAGGUAGACCUGUAUGUUAGUUCAGCAGCAUGUGGUUUAGAUCCACAUGUUUGGGGGGGGGGGGCUUGGUACCUUUGGAGUUCUGAAUACCUGUUAAAAUUGUAUGAUAUGUAAAUUCUGUAAAAUGAACACAGUUUGUAAGCUUUUCUUUCUGUAGUUCGAUAAUCUUGUAUGUAAGUAACAUCUUGUAAAGCUGUACAUAAUUUUAAUAAAGUAGUUACAGCUGG